UUUUUCCUUUGUUAUCUGUGGUGAUUCAAACGUUAGUUGGAUGUGUAGAUUCAAACGUUUGUUGUUGAAUGUGUAGAGUUGUUGAGAGGGAAAAACAAAAUGGCAGGCUGACUUUGAUAAAAGGUUGUCAUUGGUUUGUAUUCAUUAGGCCUUAAUUUGAGAAGACCUUCGGUGAUUUAUUCUCUUUUUGACCAAGCUAACAGGCAUUAGGUGAUUCAUCUUCCGUUUGACUAAACUAACAGACAUUAGUUUAUUCACCCUCUGAAGCCAACAGGCAACACAACAAUGUCCCAUUGAGAGGGAACCUGUGGAACUAACCAUGAAGUUGACCAGCGUGAUUUCCACGGUGAUUCUCAGUGUUUUUCUCCAGCUGCCAGCUGCCGUGGGAGUGUGCCAGUUCCCCAACUACUACGACGGCUCCUGGUACCAUCGGGAUUCCGGCACGGACACCCGUCUGAUCAUCAGUGCCACCUCCGGCACGUGGGGGGAGGGCGUCCAGUGCUACCAGCAGAUCCUGCACAAGCCGGAAGUGGUCAGUGACGGCGUCAACGCCACCAUUCUGUUAAAGACAACAAAUGCCAACUGUUACAUGUGCCUGGAUGUUAUUUACAGAUCAAUAUACAUCUUACAAUAUAAACAAAGUGACUGCAUGACUGAAGCAGACAUCAGCAAAUGUAGCGAAAUCAAUGAAGUGACUGAGCACGCUGAGUUGGUCACCAUGUUCAAAGAAGUCAGUCCUGUCAUGGACUGCAUAUCAAGUAUUGAAGGACUUUUUCAGUUUUCUUAUGAGAUCAAUGAAAAAGGGGGCGGGAUCUGCAACAACAGCGAGAAUCUCCUCCAGGCCUGUCAGACCCCCGGCUCACCAAACUACGACAACAAAGAUUUCCUCAUGAGCUUCAGGAUCUGCCCAGACGUCCAGACCAGCUUCAGGCAGACGAUCAGGUACAAAUGUAUGGGCACCUGGGUGGCGUACAUGAACAACAACGUGUACACCUUCGUUGGACUUGUACAUGAUGAGACAGGUGUCAUUCAAGACAAGUACAAGUGUCUCAUGACCCUCAGGGACCAACACACUACAGACAACACGAUACGCUGGGGCCUCAGCAGGUUUGGCGACUGCAGAAACCUCAAGAGCCUGGAGCAGUCUCCCAUCAGGAUCGUACUGAGGCGGGUCCCGCCCAAGACCAGCUUCACCUUCCCACAAUGCACCCUGCCCAGGAACCUGACAGGGACCUGGUUCACCCAGGGGAUCCAGUUCGCGUCCAACGUGUGGAUCAACGAGAGCCACAUCUACUACAGGACCAUGAUGAGUCAGUUCGACUACGAGGAGACCUGGUUCUCGUGUCAAGCCAACCUUGGCACGCGCUACCUCAUGUCCAAGGUCGUCGUGGGCAGGUGUGAGAUCAGUCUCGUCUGCUUCGAUCUUGUACCGCGGCAUCACGGGAUUGUUCGAUACCGCGUUGGACGAUCAGUCAAACUGCCGUUUAAUUUAGACGAACGAAACCGCGAUAAAGAUUUCCUGGUUGAUUCCUUCAAGGAGACCUGCAGCUGGCAAUGGCUGACUUUUUCGCGAGACAACGUAGAUUGGAAGUACGAAGUUCUCAUACAGAACCCCCCGUCUCCCGUCAUCUGCCCGAUAGGUGGCCGGUACUCGUUCAGGCAGUACUCGAACGACUUCUACCAGCUGUACGAUACCAGGAUUCGCGGUGUGACACUGAGUCCACGGAAUCGAAUCAACUGUCUGCUGAACGUGUCCGAGAUCAAAUCGUGUGACGGCGACCUGAGCAAGAUCGAGAUCGACGCCUCCUACUGCGAGACGGUGGACUACAGGGGGCGGCCGGUUGGGGAGUACGACGAGCCGGAUCACAUACUGACCUGCGCGGGCUACUGGCUGGAGGACAUGAAGUCCUACCUGGUGACGUACGACGAGGAGGACGCCGUCUCCAAGUUCCGAUGCUGGGUGUACGAGCGGAUCAGCUGGACGGACAUCGCCCUGUCCAGAGCCGAGACUGCCCGCUGCCCCAAGAACCAGAACUCGAGGAGCUACGAGAUCGACGGGGCCAGGCUCUACCUGGAGCUGACGGAGACAGAGAGGCUGUUUGAUGACUGCCCGCCCAGGUACGACGCCGGCAUAGCGCCCAACAGGAAACCCAGGACACUGUACACGCUAUACAGCGGGGCAGGCAAAGCUACAUCGUCCACUACAGUCAUCAUGACACUGUCCAGUGUGCUGGCUGUCACCUUGGCAAUGCCACAUCACACACCAUAAGAUGCUGGCUGUCACCAUAGCAACACACCACAUCACACACCAUAAGAUGCUGGCUGUCAGCUUGACCAUACCACAUCACACACCAUAAGAUGCUGGCUGUCACCUUGGCAAUGCCACAUCACACACCAUAAGAUGCUGGCUGUCAGCUUGACCAUACCACAUCACACACCAUAAGAUGCUGGCUGUCAGCUUGACCAUACCACAUCACACACCAUAAGAUGCUGGCUGUCACCAUAGCAACACACCACAUCACACACCAUAAGAUGCUGGCUGUCAGCUUGACCAUACCACAUCACACACCAUAAGAUGCUGGCUGUCAGCUUGACCAUACCACAUCACACACCAUAAGAUGCUGGCUGUCAGCUUGACCAUACCACAUCACACACCAUAAGAUGCUGGCUGUCACCAUAGCAACACACCACAUCACACACCAUAAGAUGCUGGCUGUCAGCUUGACCAUACCACAUCACACACCAUAAGAUGCUGGCUGUCACCAUAGCAACACACCACAUCACACACCAUAAGAUGCUGGCUGUCAGCUUGACCAUACCACAUCACACACCAUAAGAUGCUGGCUGUCAGCUUGACCAUACCACAUCACACACCAUAAGAUGCUGGCUGUCAGCUUGACCAUACCACAUCACACACCAUAAGAUGCUGGCUGUCACCAUAGCAACACACCACAUCACACACCAUAAGAUGCUGGCUGUCAGCUUGACCAUACCACAUCACACACCAUAAGAUGCUGGCUGUCAGCUUGACCAUACCACAUCACACACCAUAAGAUGCUGGCUGUCAGCUUGACCAUACCACAUCACACACCAUAAGAUGCUGGCUGUCAGCUUGACCAUACCACAUCACACACCAUAAGAUGCUGGCUGUCAGCUUGACCAUACCACAUCACACACCAUAAGAUGCUGGCUGUCAGCUUGACCAUACCACAUCACACACCAUAAGAUGCUGGCUGUCAGCUUGACCACACCACAUCAUACACCAUAAGAUGCUGGCUGUCACCAUGGCAACACACCACAAGAACUAUUGAUUUAGUACUAUCUGCCUAAAUGUAAAUACCUGUAUCACAUAUUUCUCGUUAAUUCUAAAUACUGGACAGCCAGGUGUUGACUGGCUGUAUCCAAGCAGAAAAUCAUGAAAGCUCUCUCUCUCCCUACUUAAACUUUCAUACUGUGUUUUUUUUUCAUCAAAGACAACACUGAAGUCUACCAAGUCACAGGCCAUUUUACAAAAUAUAACAAAUUGACUAACUGGAAAGAUUAAUUUAAAAAACACAUUUUCUUAAAAAUCCAAGCACUAAUAGGCCAAUUUCAGCACCAUUCCUGACGGUUUACAGGAACUUUGCCCUGUGUCCCUGUCCACCAUGACAGUAAUGACUGUGGCAGAGCUUAGAGGUUGAUACACCUGUCCUACAACUUGACGGUUUAAGAUGGUUGUAUACCCUAAAUAGGUAACUUGUUACUUGUAUACCUCAAUUGAAACAAGUUUUCCAUAAAACCUAAUGCUAUAGAAAAAAUUUCAUCGAACUAACCUACUUGUACAUGUUCAAUCUUGAUCACAAUGUCACCACUAAAAUAUCUUAAAUGACAAUUGUAACAAUUCAAUCAUACUUUUCAUCUCACACUUGUACAAAAUUAAACAGCUUUUGCUUUUUAAUCUUUUUUAAUACAAUCAAUAAACAUUCUGGUAAAUUGA